GAUGCCUCCGCCCCCACCCCCGACUCCUCCACCCCCGACUCCUCCUCCCCCGGCGAGGACUCCCUCGGCUCGGGCUCCGCUGCCGUGGUGAAGGGCUUCCGACUGGACGUGCUGGCAGCUCGGCGGCCGGGGCUGCGGGGGGAGCUGCUGACGCUGCGGGACAGCCUGCGGGCGGCGGAUGACGAGGAGGCGGCCAUCAAGGUGUGGCAGCUCCGCGACGUGGGCCUGCAGGCCGCCCAGCGCAUCCUCCUCUCCUCCGGCUCCUCCUCCUCCGACCCGCUGGCGCUGCUGACGGAGGUGGCGCAGAACUUCCCGGGACUGGUGGCCAGCCUGUCGCGGCAGUUGGUCGACCCCACCCUGCGCGCCGCCGUGUCCCACGCCCACCAGUACCUGGCGGCCGGCAGCAACAUGCUGCUGCUCAACGGACUGGCGCUGGACGUCAACAACUUCGACUACUUCGGCUUCCUGUCGCUGCUGCGGUCCGAGAUGCGUCUGAGAGAUGCCCUGGUGGGGGAGCCUGCCCCCCCAGCCCCCUCCUCCUCCUC